GGACGUCGACCCAGCUUACUCAUGAAAUAAAAAGGCGGGUCCAGCAGCUUUCGCCAAUCAGGGUCGCUGUUGCUUCCUUGCUGGAACUCUCAAAUGAGGAACACGAAUGUUCUGAGGUUUCCGCCCCUGGCUCCAUUUUUGAAUCCCGUGCAGCUUUUGUGAGGUGUGUGACAGCUGCUUUCCCUCAGUGUCACCUAUUUUGCCGGCAGGCCCCUUCAGAGGACCUCUGCACGCGUCCGAAGCUGGAAAUGGAGCCUGUGACCUUUGAGGAUGUGGCUGUGAACUUUACCUCAGGAGAGUGGACUUUAUUGGAUUCCAGUCAAAAGAAGCUCUACAGAGAUGUGAUGAAAGAGACCUUUUUUAACCUGAUCUCCAUAGAGAAAACACAAGAAGAAAAUGUUGAAGAGGAUUACCAAAACCUCGGGAGCAGUCUGGGAACUCAGGUGGUUGAGAGGGAUGGUGAAUAUGAACACGACAGUCAGUGUGAAAAAGCCCAGCCACAGAUUCCAGAGUGUACUUUUAAUGAGGACAUGCCUCCUGCUGCAUAUGAAAGCGGCUUGAGUGUAAGAAACAUCAUUGGUAACUCAUCCUCAGAUGUGCCCCUCAGUGAUCCAACCGAAGAGAAGCCAUUUGAGUGUAAGGAAGCUGUGGCGAAGGCUUUUAAACAUGAGACAUGUUGGGGGGAAGAUAUGGGUCAUUCUCAAUCAUUUCAGGUGCAUGAAAGUACUGGAGAGACAUCAUGUGAAAAUCAGCAAUGUCGUGCAGCUCCUGGGAGCCUUAAACACAACGAAGCCACCAUGAUGAACUCUACAUAUGGCCAGAGAGACGAAGGAAUCCAUACGGAAGUAAAGCCAUUUGUGUGUAAACAGUGUGGAGAAGCCUUUGUUAAUUCCACCCACCUUAUCAGUCACGAACGGAUCCAUAUUGUGGAGAAGUGUUAUAUUUGCAAACAGUGUGGAAAAACAUUUAGAUAUUUGUCAUGCUUUCAAAAACAUGAAAGAAUUCACAGUGGAGAGAGGCCUUAUGUGUGUGAGCAAUGUGGGAAAGGGUUUAUUCAGUUGAAAUACCUUCUCAUGCACCAAAGAAAUCACAUUGGAGAGAACUCUUAUGAGUGUAAACACUGUGGGAAAGUCUUCACUAUUUCCAGUGCCCAUGGUGUUCAUGAAAAAACCCAUGGCGAAGAGAAGCCGUAUUCAUGUACGCACUGUGGAAAAGCUUUCACUAGUCCCAGUGACUAUAAUAGUUGUGAACGAAUUCACACUGGAGAGAAUCCCUUUGUAUGUAAAAAAUGUGGGAAAGCGUUCAAACGUUUGGGUCAUUUUAUGAAUCAUGAAAGAAUCCACACUGGAGAGAAGCCUUAUGCAUGUAAACAUUGUGGGAAAGCCUUCACCAGCUCCAGUGACCGUAACAGUCAUGAAAGAAUCCACACUGGAGAGAAACCCUUUGUAUGUAAAACAUGUGGGAAAGCCUUCAGCCGUUCUGACUAUCUUAUCAACCAUAGACGGAUUCACACUGGAGAGAAGCCGUAUACAUGUAAGUAUUGUGGGAAAGCCUUUGCCACUUCCAGUGACAGGAACAGUCAUGAAAGAAUUCACACCGGUGAAAGAUCCUUCCUAUGUAAAAAGUGUGGCAAAGUAUUCAUUCUUUCCGGUGACCUAAUCAAGCAUGAAAGAAUUCACACUGGAGAGAAGCCAUAUGCAUGCAAACAUUGUGGAAAAGCCUUCACCACUUCAAGUGCCCGUAACAGUCAUGAAAGAAUUCACACGGGAGAAAAGCCUUACACAUGUAAGCACUGCACAAAAACUUUCACCACUUCCAGUACCCGUAAUAGUCAUGAAAAAACUCACACUGCAGAAAAGCAUUUUACGUGUAACCUUUGUGGAAAAACCUUCAACAGCCAGAGUUCCUAUUACACUCAUAAAAAAAUCCACUCUAUGAAAGAGAAACUUUAUGUAUGCAAACACUGUGGGAAAGAAUUUACUUAUUGUGGUAAUUUCCUCAAGCAUGAAAGAAUUCACGGUAUAGAAACCUUGUCUAUGUGAGCAGUAUGUGAAAGCAUUUCUGUGUCCCAUGUCAUUAGAAACUCCUCUAAAGUCUCAUAGUGAAAGAACUCAU